UCUCCACGCACACUCCACAUUUCACACGAGACCAAGCGUCCUCCUUUAUGGGCUUUUAUCGCUCACGCAAUCCACCCAUCGACCGGACAAAACUCUUCUCUUGAAUUGAUCCAAGAGCGUAAUUUGUUAAAAAAAUUGGAAAAAUAGACGGCCAUUAAUUGUAAAUUUGUUGAUUUUCAUUUGGUCCAUCAGGGUUGUUUAUUUGAUUUGGGUGUUCGAUUUGGAUGCGUAAGAGGUAGGAAUUCAUUCUUUUUGACGAUGUGAAUUCGCUACUGAAAGUUGUUGCAUUGAGAAUCAACUUCGUUUUAAUUAUUCGAUUCUCUCGCUAUCGGCCAUGGAAACUCGCGGUGAUGCUGAUACAAGUUCAUAUUUGAGUUUGUUUGCAGCCUUGUCGUAUGGGAUUGCCUCCAUGGCAAUGGUUUUCAUCAAUAAAGCAAUUCUUAUGCAGUAUGGACAUUCUAUGACCCUCCUCACCUUACAGCAAUUGGCAACGGUAUUGCUCAUUCACUUUGGUCGAGAAAUGGGAUACACGAGAGCUAGAAGAAUUGAUAUGCCAACCGCUAAGAAACUGCUCCCAGUUUCCCUCUUCUACAAUGCCAAUGUGGCGUUUGCUUUGGCAAGCUUGAAAGGAGUUAAUAUUCCCAUGUAUAUUGCAAUAAAGAGACUCACUCCACUAGCUGUACUGAUUGCUGGUUUUUUCACAGGAAAGGGGAAACCUACAACACAGGUAACUCUAUCAGUACUACUGACUGCUGGUGGGGUUAUUAUAGCGGCACUUGGAGACUUUUCCUUUGACCUGUUUGGUUAUUCGAUGGCCCUUACUUCCGUUUUUUUCCAGACCAUGUACCUUGUGUUGGUGGAGAAGUCUGGUGUGGAGGAUGGUCUUACUUCAGUUGAAAUAAUGUUCUAUAACAGCUUUUUGUCUCUUCCAGUUUUGAUAUUUCUCAUCAUGGCAACAGGAGAGUUUCCAAAUUCUCUGUCAUUAUUAUUUGCAAAGAGUAAUUCCUUAUCAUUUUUGUUUAUCCUUAUAACUUCCUUGGUGAUGGGCAUAGCUCUCAACUUCACCAUGUUCUUAUGUACCAUAGUCAACUCUGCCCUAACAACCACCAUCGUUGGAGUUCUCAAAGGCGUUGGAUCCACGACCCUUGGAUUUGUGUUGCUUGGUGGUGUGCAAGUGCAUGGUUUGAAUGUGAGCGGCCUGGUAAUCAACACAGCUGGUGGUGUGUGGUAUUCGUUUGCCAAAUAUCAACAGAAGAAGAGCAAACAACCAAAAGUAGUGGCAGAUAUAGAGGCUCAUCGUAAAUAAAACCACCAUCGGAGGAUUGCAGGUGUUAAUUAAUUACUACUUUUUUUUGCAUCUUGAAAUCAAGUUGAGAUAGAUAGAUAAUGGGAUUUAAUUUACAACUGAUUAUAUGAUAUUGUGGAAACUUCAUGUUCUUUUACCUCUUUUAUGGAUUAGACUCUAGUGGUA